AUGUCUGCUUUAUUUGCUGUUUCAAGAUCAGCAAUGGUUUUACGCACCAUGACUUUAAGAUCAUCAUCAAAUAUGGUUAAUACUUCGUCCUUCUUAACAUUGGCUAGGAUGUAUUCAUCCGGGAAGUUUCCACCACAUACUGUUAUUCAUAUGCCAGCUUUGUCGCCAACGAUGACUCAAGGUAAUAUCCAAGAAUGGUCUAAAAAAGUUGGUGAUGAAUUACAACCAGGUGAGGCUAUUGCAGAAAUUGAGACCGAUAAAGCUUCAAUGGAUUUUGAAUUUCAAGAAGAAGGUUAUUUAGCUAAAAUUUUAUUGGAUUCAGGUUCAAAGGAUGUACCAGUAGGUCAACCAAUAGCCGUUUAUGUCGAGGAAGAAAAAGAUGUUCCCGCUUUUAAAGAUUUUACUGCUGCUGACGCAGGGGAAGCACCAAAGCCUGCAGAACCUGAAGCCAAAGAAGAGGAAAAACCAAAAGAAGAAAAGAAAGAAGAAGUGAAAGAAUCAAAGGAUUCAAAAUCUUCCUCAUCAUCUUCCACUCCAUCCAAAUCAGCUGCUCCAACAGAUAGAAUUUUUGCUUCACCGUUAGCCAAAACUAUUGCCUUAGAAAAAGGUAUUGCAUUGAAAGGAGUAAAAGGAUCUGGUCCACAUGGUAGAAUCGUUGCUAAAGAUUUAGAAGGCCUUGAAUCAAAACCAGCUUCUACACCUGCAGUAUCCCCUUCAGCAGGUGCAGCUACAUCUGCGACUGGUGCCAAUUUUGAAGACAUCCCAAUCACGAGUAUGAGAAAAACUAUUGCUUCUAGAUUAUUACAAUCAACUCAACAAUCACCAACUUAUAUCAUUCAAUCACAAAUAUCAGUUUCUAAAUUAUUGAAAUUACGUGCUUCAUUAAAUGCAUCAGCUGAUGAAAGGUAUAGAUUAUCUGUGAAUGAUCUUUUAAUUAAAGCCAUUGCUAUUGCAUCAGUUAGAGUUCCACAAGUCAAUUCUGCUUGGCUCGGUGAACAAGGUGUAAUUAGACAAUAUAAAAAUGUUGAUGUUUCAGUUGCUGUCGCAACCCCAACAGGUUUGAUUACUCCAAUUGUAAAAGAUGCUCAAAACAAAAGAUUAUCUGAUAUCUCAAAUGAAGUAAAAGAUUUAGGUAAGAGAGCUAAAAUUGGAAAAUUAAGUCCAGAAGAAUUCCAAGGUGGAACUAUAUGUAUUUCAAACUUAGGAAUGAACCAUGCAAUUUCAGCCUUCACUUCGAUCAUAAAUCCACCACAAUCGGCUAUAGUUGCUAUUGGAACUACGGAAAAGAAAGCUGUUCCAAGUGAAGUUAACGAACAAGGAUUUAUCUUUGACGAUGUUAUUACUAUCACUGGUACUUUUGAUCAUAGAGUAGUUGACGGUGCAUUAGGCGGAGAAUGGAUUAAAGAAUUAAAGAGAAUAAUUGAAAACCCAUUGGAAAUGUUGGUUUGA